GAUGGAAUCAGGUUUUGUGUCACAGUGGCUGAACUCUGAUUUUUUCAUUGUGUUUGUGGUGGUGCUGGUGCUCCUUUUACUGGUCAUCUUUGCUGUCUGCUGGGUCAUAAGACGUCAACAUACACAGAGAACAACAGAGAAGAUGGCUGAAAUACAGAUUAUUCCAAUCGAUGCUUCAGACAGGGGGAACUUACCCAGAUUUACCCUGAAGAUUGUGACUGAGCAAACACAUGCAACAGAGCUUGUAGAGAUGUUAACUCAUAGAGGUCACUCCAUUGUUCCAGAUCACCAUGGCAAUCCUACAGUCUCUGCUGUUACAGCAGACGAUGACAAAGAUUAUAAAGAUGCAUUACAGAAUUUAUAAAUAAAUAAAGCAUCUUGUUAUGCUGAUUGACACGUAUAAUUGUUCAUGUCAACAAUUAGAAGUUUACUUUGUCAAUUAAGCAUUCCUCCAACAUGAAAAUAAA